AUGGCUUUCCAACAGCCGAAUCUUCAACAAAUCUUCUCUUCCGUCGACAAAGACCGGUCAGUUUUCCGUCUUCUCGUCCCUUGUCUAUCUAUUGAUUUUCCCCUGCAGAUCCGGCCAAAUCAGUGCGGAUGAGCUGCAGCGCGCUCUUUCUAACGGAACGUGGAAUCCGUUCAACCCGGAAACGUGCCGUCUCAUGAUCGGAAUGUUCGAUUCGAACGGAGACGGAGCCAUAAAUUUCAGCGAGUUUCAGGUUUAUAGGGCACAGCAAUCUAAACUUUACCUGUAAUCUAAAAUUUCUACAUGUAGAUUGCAAAUUUUUCUAAUUAAACUGCAAUUGUCUAGAUUGUAGCAAUAUUUUCUGUGUAACUAGACUUUGUUUAGAUUCGUAAUUCAUCUAAUUAGAUUUAAAAAUAACCUUUUUUCAAAUUGCACUACUUUUUUGUCUAAUUAGACUGAAAUCGAGUUACCAGAGUAAUCGGAAUACCUUGUUUUCAGGCUCUGUGGAGAUACAUUAACGACUGGACGAACUGCUUCCGCGGAUUCGACACCGACGGAUCUGGAAACAUCGACAAGACGGAGCUGACGAACGCGCUCACCCAGUUCGGUGAGUCAACCGUGUUUUCCCUCUUUUUUUGAUUGCCUUCUUGUUUAAAGGAUACCGACUCUCCGGCCAGUUCUACACGAUACUUAUGCACAAAUUCGACCGCAGUCACAGCAAUCGCAUCAACUUCGACGACUUCAUCCAACUGUGCGUCGUCCUUCAAACGCUCACUGCCGCUUUCAGGUAAAUUUAAUCGGAACGAUUAUAUGGAUAAACUGAAUUCUCGAUUUCAGAGAUGUCGACACAGACCGCGACGGAGUGAUUACGAUCGGAUACGAGCAGUUCCUGACAAUGGUGUUUUCCUUGAAAAUGUGAUUAUUGAGAGCUAGGCAAUCGGACUGAUCCCUCUUUUCGCCCUAACCCCUAGAGCCUACCACCCCUUCUCUUCAUCUCUCUGGUUUUUCAUUUUUUCAUUUUUCAGGUAG